AUGAACAACCAGAUAGCCAACGACACCAAUUUUAAGUGUGAACAAAUGUCGUUUGGACUACCUAAGGGAUAUAAUUUAAGUACACACGAUGGUCAGCCGUUGGGUCUGCAGAUUUUGGGACAACCGGUGAUGGGCCAGCAGGUGAUGGGCCAGCAGGUUUUGGUUCAGCAACAGGGAGCAAAAACCCAAUACAAGGAGUUUGAACAGCCUCGAUACUAUGGAUCGUCGAUGGUGGUGCAACAACCGUAUGUGCAGGGAGGAAACCAGGCUGGAGGACAAGCAGGAAUUGGCAAUGGACAGCUAGGGGGACAGGUGGGUGGACAGGUGGGUGGAACACCAUAUAUGAACCAAGCAAUUGUAUAUCCCACACAACAACAGAUGUACGAAACGAGACCAGUGAACAGCUAUUUAUUAAUACACCAGGGACAGGACCAAGGACAGGUUGCGGCGAGUUUCUACGGGGCAGCUCGUACACGGGCUGCACCGGAGCAGCCAGUAGUGUACGAAGGGUUCAUAGAGCGACUCCAGCAGCUGUUGCCGGUGCCACCAAUGUCACGGGUGGCUAUUCGUCCUGAGAUCAACUUGCUGCUCAACCAGAAGAGAGCCAGACGUAAGUCGAAGUUUUCCAAGAGCCAAGACGAUUUAAUUGUCGAGCUAAAGCGCAAGGGUAAGACAUGGGUGGAGAUCGCCGAAAUAUCGGGAGUGGGCAGUUAUCUUGCUGCCAGAAACCGUUAUCAGGUCAUUGUGGGACAGCAGGGGAACAACAACUCGUCGUCGUGGGGAGAUGAGGACAAAUCGACCUUGAGAAAGCUUUUGGAUGAGGCCGAGAUUGAAAAAUGGAAGUUCAUUGCUGCUGAGUUGAGUAAGGCUACGGGUAAGUCGUUCUCUGACAGAGAGUGCCGCGAGACGGUAAGAAUGUUAUUUUGGGCAGACCCAGCAUCCUUUAAUGUGAGUGAAGAGACUGUAAACGAGUGCUACAAGGAGAAAAAGAUCACCGAAAGAGCAAACGAACAACAACUGUACAUCGACAGUGAACGCCAUUAUGCCCAGCCGUUUUUCUCCCAAACAUCCACCUCUACAAAUACUUCUCACACAUCGAAUUCGUCUACCGCGCUGUCACAUCCUCCAGCUCCACCACUUAACCUGUAUCAUAGCUACAAUUCUAAAUCAUCCCCCGAGUCAAUUGACAAUUACGCCGGUAGCUACUACUAG